AAUCUGGAGCAAUUGUAUGUCUUUGGUAGAAUCCUCGUUCCAUUCUGUUCCAUUUGGAGGAGACUCGGCUAGUGCUGAAGCUGAUAAAAAGCCAGAUGAAAUGGAGGUUUGGAGCAAAGAGGACCUCCUGGACAGAACAGCACAGACCAACCUCCACGGCGAAUUCCUCAGCCCAGAGGUUCAGCGCCAACAUUUCCGGGCAUUGAGCUACCAGGAGGAUGAAGGUCCCCGGGCGGUUUGCAGCCAACUCCAUCGUCUCUGCUGCCAGUGGCUGAAGCCAGAAAAACACACCAAGGCGGAGAUCCUGGAUCUGGUGAUCCUUGAACAGUUCCUGAAGGUCCUUCCAGCAAAGAUGGGGAUGUGGGUCAGAGAAUGUAGGCCGGAAUCCACUUCGCAGGCCGUGUCCCUGGCAGAAGGUUUCCUCCUGAGUCAGAGGGCAUAUAAGAAGCAAGCAGAGCAGCUGGAGUUUUCAGAAUUCUUUGGCUUUCCCCAGGCACCAGAAUCUCUGUCAGACCCAACAAGGAGGCAUCAGUGCCUGAAGAAUAUAAAGGAAAAGAGCAGACGAUCUGCCCUGCGAGACGUUAGAACCAUGUUGGAGACAGAUCCUCGCUCCUCUCUCCGUUGUGAAGGAACGGAAACAGCACCUGUGCGGAUGGAACAGGGUCCCGUCACUCUUGAGGACGUUGGUGUGUCUUUCACAGGGGAGGAGUGGGCGCUGCUGGAUCCAGGCCAGAGGGCUCUGCACUGGGAAGUCAUGGAGGAGAAUUUGGCUCUCCUGGUGUCUCUCGGUAAGCUUUCCUUUCCCUCAUAGCCCUCUUCAGAGUGUUUGUCACUUUCAUGAAGGAUCAAAUCCCAAACAACACAAAAAAUAGCAACAGGAAUCUUGUGUUAAAUUUAUCUCAUUCUCUGUUUUUGCGGACUACAAUCCAAAGUGGUCGGGUGUCUAAAGAAGUGGACCACAAACAAAACGGCUGACACUGAAAUAAAUGUGUUAGUCUUAAAGGCUUCAUGAUAAAUUAAAGUUCCACUGAUGAAACCAUUUCAUGAGCAGCUCCACAAUAUCAAAUGGUCUAUCUAUAGCCUCGUGAUGCUUCUUUCUGACAAGUUUCUGCUUCAUUGUGGUUAAGGUGGUUUAUAUUUAAUUGGUGGUGUUGAGGUUGUUACAGAACAUCCAGUUUUUCUUUUUUUUUCUUUCAGCUCCAAGGGGGGCUGAAGGCAGGUUGAAGGAAGAACUGUUUCAAGUAUGCUUUGAAAAAGUCACGGAAGAAGGAAAACGCCAGAGAGAUAAAACAGAAAUUGAAGAGAAGGGGAAUGAAUCUUUUAUUUUCUCACAUGGAAAUAUUCUUGAACAUUUUUUCCGGGAAGGAGUAGAUGAAAGCAACACAAGUCUUAAGGGCAAUGAAAGUCUUGCUGGGCAGAUCGGUCUAAAUGCUCAGUGGGAGAUCCACCGAGGGAGAAAAAUGAUAGAAUGCUCAGAAUACAGUGAGGAUUUUUGUGAUGCUUUAUCCCCAGAAAAAUAUCUGACAAUGCGGAGAGAAGAGGAACCCAUUAGAUGCACAGAGUCUGACAAGGGCAUCGGUCAGAGUACAGACCAUACUUCUCACAUGAGACUCCAGACAGGGGAGAAACCAUUUGAAUGCCUGGAAUGUGGAAAGAAGUUCAGCCA